AUGGCUAAGGAGAAACGGCCUUCCGUGAUUCCAAACCAUAAACACAAAGAGUUGGAUGAGAACGGAGUGAAUAGUGAUAUAUCGUCCACGCUGGACGAUUAUAAGUCGGAAUCAGAUGAGGUGAAGGAUUUGGCGACACUGUACGACAACCAGUUCCACGAAGUGAUUGAUAGGGACCCUUAUAAAUCGAAACCCUGGAUAGAACACGUGAGACUGCUGAAAUCCCUAAGGCCGCCUCGAAAGAAUCAGCAGAUGUACAGAAUCUCGGACAUCUGGAGGCUGAGCAAGGUGGAAGAACGCGCCGAGGACAGGAAACACCCCGCAAUGCUCGGAGAUACGAGCUACGAGAGCAUAAACGAGAGAAUUUUUAGGACGUACGAAAAGGCGGUGAAGUAUAUCCCGCUCAGCUACAAGGUCUGGUACAACUACAUCAAGGACCUGGUGGAAGAUUUGUCAAAACCGUACACAUCGGAGGUGGACGCGUACGAUAAGGUGAACGCGGUCUUCGAGGCGUGCUUGAUCCACAAUUUCGCAUACCCGACCUUCUACCUGUUAUACGGAGCUUUUCUGAGGUUCCAGCAUCGCAUCACGAAGGUCAGGCGCCUGUACGACAAGGCGCUGUUGAACAUCGCAAUAACGCAGCACCACCUAAUUUGGGAGGAGUACCUAACAUUUGUGAAAGAAGUGGACCUGUUGCCGCUGGGCAAAGCGGUCUACAGGAGGUAUAUUCAAAUUAAGCCGAGCUAUCGGGAGAUUUUGUACGAAUUUUUAAAGCGUCACGGCAGUUACGACGACGCAGCGCAAGUGCUCUACGAGCUGCUGGACGACCCAACCUUUACGUCAGAAACAGGAAAAUCGAGUUACGACUUGUGGAUCGAAUUGUGUGAACUGAUUAGAGAUCACUCGGAUACAAUUAGAAGUAUACCUGUUGAAACACUAAUAAAGGAGGGGAUAAGUAAAUAUACUGACCAGGUUGCCACUUUGUGGAUAAUAUUGGCAGAUAUAUACAUAGUGAGAGGGCAACUUAAUAUCGCAAGGGAUACAUACGAGGAGGCGUUGGAUAGAGUUACCACUGUGCAGGAUUUCUCGAUCAUUUUUGAUGUUUAUGCUAAAUUCUUGGAAAAUUACGCAAAACAGUCGAACAAAUUAGGGAAUGACCACUUGGAAACGCUGAUGACAGUGGAGAGGCUGGAGAGCCUGGUGAACAACAGAGCACUGUUGCUGGCCUCAGUGAAGCUUAAGCAGAACAUCCACAACGUGUACAACUGGAUUAACUACGUGGAACUGUUUAAAGAUGACCCGAAUAAAAUGGUGGAGAUUUACGCAGAGGCAGUGCAAACAAUAGACGUCGCGAAGAGCGUGGGAAGAGUGACGGAACUGUGGACGCGCUUUGCAACGUUCUACGAGGAGCAGGGGGACCUGGAAAACGCAGACAAGAUAUACGAAAAGGGCUCUAACGCCGAGUUUAAGUACGUGGAUGACCUGGCGACGCUUUGGUGCUGCUGGGUGGAGAUGUACCUGCGGCAAAAAAUGUACAGAAAGGCGCUGGAGAUCAGCAGGAGAGCGGUGAGCGGCAACGGAAAGACGCCCAUUUCCAAAAGACUGCACUCCUCAGUGAAGCUCUGGGCACUCUCGCUCGACAUGGAGGAAAACUUCGGCACCGUCCAAACGUGCAGAGUCACCUUCAACAAGAUGGUCGAGUACAAGGUGGUGACGCCGCAGGUCGCGCUCAACUUCGCAACCUACCUGGAGCAGAACAAGUACUUCGAGGGCAGCUUCAACGCCUUCGAAAAGUGCGUGGCGCUCUUCAAGUGGCCGCAGCUCUACUACCUGUACCUGCCCUACCUCACCAAGUUCGUGAAGCGCUACAAGGGCGCGAAGCUGGAGCGGGCUCGCGAGAUCUUCGACCAGUGCAUGUACAACAAGGACCUGCGGGUGCCGCCCAAGUUCGUGAAGUACCUCUUCUACCUCUACGCGAGCAUGGAGGAGGAGUACGGCAUGGUGAAGAAGUUCCUCGCGAUUCUGAGCGACGCCUGCAGGCUCGCCGACAAGGAGGACCAGCUCACCAUGAUCAAGUUCUACGUCGCGAAGACCUGCGAGUUCUUCGGCGUGACGCACACGAGGCAGAUAUACCAGCAGUGCCUAGAGUACGUUGACGACGACGUCGCCAGGGAGCUCUGCUCCAUGUACAUUCAGAUGGAGCGCGGCCUCGGCGAGAUUGACCGGGCCAGGGCGAUUUACGUGUUUGCGUCCCAGAUAUCGGACCCUUCCCAGUUCCCCAACUUCUGGAAGAGCUGGAGAGAGUUCGAGGUUCUUCAUGGCAACGAGGACUGCUUCCGAGAAAUGCUCAGGAUUAAGAGGAGCGUGCAGGCUCAGUACUCCAAGGUCUACUACAACGUCGAGGAGAUAGGCCAGGACGACGAGGAGGAUGAGGAGGAGCCAGAGGAGGGAAACCCUCUCGGCGAGUUGGAAAAGUUGGCUGAAAACUAG